AUGGAGCACCCAGUCUACGACGACUCCAACUUUAAUUCGACCAAAGAGGGCCUGCAAGCUUUCACCGCGCCAAUUGAGGUCUCCGUUCAUCAUGGCGACGUGGACUGGACUGUCGCCGAGGAGACGGCUGUCCGAAGAAAGUUCGAUAUGGUGGUGACGCCGCUGUGUACCGUUCUUUACCUCUGCCGUGCUGUCGAUCGUUCUGCCAUCGGAAACGCCAAAAUUGAAGGGAUGGAAGAUGAUAUCGGCCUUGUGGGCUACCAGUACAACAUUGUCUUGACCAUCUUCUUCUGCAUGUACUUCGCCGUCGAAGUUCCCAGCAAUAUCACUCUCAAGCACGUCGGUCCAAAAUGGUAUCUUCCUGGCCUCGUGUUUGGCUUCGGCCUCGUCUCCCUUUGCACGGCCUUUGUCCAAUCGUACGCCGGACUAGCCGUUGCCCGAGCCUUCCUCGGCAUCUUUGAGGGCGGUGCCAUGCCAGCAGUCACUUUCAUACUUAGCUGUUUCUACAAGAAGAAGGAGCUGUUCCUGCGAAUGAGCUUAUUCAUCGCGUCCAGCUCCCUGGCAAACUCUUUCGGAGGCCUCUUGGCCGCAGACCUUUCAGAAAUCCCCCGAUGGGGUACGAACUCGGCGCCAAUCCAUACCUGGCGCAACAUCUUCUUCUUCGAGGGCUUGAUGACCAUGAUCAUCGCAGCCUCUGCCCCAUGGUUCCUGCCCCAAGGCCCGGCAAGUGCGACUUUCCUGACACCACGACAACGUUACAUUGCUGCUGAGCGUAUGCACCGCGAGAUCGCAAUUCAACCAAACCAGCGUGUAAGCUGGGACCAUGUGAAAUCCGCCAUCUUCAACGUUCACACACAGGUUUGCGCAUGGACAUUCUUCUGCUCCAACGCAGCAGUCCAGGGCUUUGGUGCCUUCGUGCCCAGCAUUUUGGAAGCGUUCGGCUGGACAUCCACUGAAGCACAGCUCAAGUCGGUGCCGCCAUACCUGGUUGCCUGUGUGUGCACGGUUGCUCUAGGCUGGGCCAGUGACCGAGUAGGCCAAAGAGGCAUCUUCAUCGCUGGUGUCCUGCCCACUGCCAUCAUUGGCUUCGCUAUGCUGCGGUGGACGGAAAGCGCAGACGCCAAAUAUGCUGCAGUGUUCUUGAACGCCAUCAGUUGCUUCGCAGCGAGUGCGGGCAUGCUUAGUUGGGGAAUCAACAAUGCCGGUAAUCCAGCAGCUGCAGCUGAAGCAGGAGGUUAUAUUGUGGCAAUCGGCAAGAUUGGCGGUGUCGCUUCAACAUGGACCUACCUUCCCACCGGAAAGCCUGAAUACGACAAAGGCCACACGAUAUUCUUCGGGCUGAUGCUGUUCUGCUUCGCCCUGUCCCUGUUUGAAAUCGCCCACUGUGUCUACGAGAACAAAAUGCGAGCGAGUGGAAAGCGAGAUCAUCGCCUUGACGGGAUCACGAGUGAUGAAGCCAAGCUGAAUAUGGGCCACAGGAACCCUGAGUUCCGAUAUAUGCUGUAA